AUGUCCGACACCUCCUCCUCCUCCUCGGACAGCUGGUGGAAAUCUGGCGUGGUGUACCAAAUCUAUCCAGCAAGUUUCCAAGACUCCAACGAUGAUGGAAUAGGAGAUCUUCAGGGCAUCACGCAACGUUUGCAAUAUAUCAAAGAUCUCGGCGCUACCAUCAUUUGGAUUUGUCCCAUGUAUGAUAGUCCACAGCAUGAUAUGGGCUACGACAUCCGCGACUACAAAAAAGUCUACGAACCCUACGGCAACAUCUCCGAUAUGACCACUCUCCUCUCGACCGCGCACUCCCUCGGUCUCAAAGUCCUCCUCGACCUCGUCAUCAACCACACCUCCAACGAACACGCCUGGUUCCGCGAAUCACGCUCCUCGCGGACCUCGCCCAAACGCGACUGGUACAUUUGGAAACCCGCACGCUACGACGCGCAAGGAAACCGGCACCCACCCAACAACUGGGGAUCAUAUUUCGGCGGCAGUACGUGGGAAUGGGACGACUUGACACAAGAAUACUAUCUCCAUCUCUUCGCCAAAGAACAGCCCGAUUUCAAUUUCGAAACCGCCGAAGCGCGAAAAGCGUUAUAUGCCGAUUCGAUUGAAUUCUGGUUGAAUUUAGGCGUCGAUGGUUUUCGCGUCGAUACUUGUUCGUUGUAUAGUAAAAAUCAAAAUUUCCCUGAUGCGCCCAUUCGUGACCCUGCAGAGGAAUUUCAACAUGCGGGUGCAACGGUGAAUCAUGGAGCGCGAAUUCAUGAAUUCAUGAAGGAAAUGGGAGAGAUUAUUUCGCGAUAUGAUGCCAUGACGGUGGGAGAGUGUGGGAAUGCGGGCGAGGUGGAACAUACGUUGAAAUAUGUUUCUGCGAAGGAAAGGGAGUUGAGUAGUGUGUUUUUGUUUGAUGUUGUCAAUGUGGGACAUGGGAGACCGAAUCGGUAUACGGUGCCGCCGCGCUCGUGGGAUCUUCCGACGUUGAUGGGUGCGAUUGAGACGACGCAGCGCGUCUUUUUGGGCACGGAUGGGUGGACGACGACGUUUUUUGAAAAUCAUGAUAUGGCGAGGAGUAUUUCGCGGUUUGGAGAUGAUAGUACCCCGGAGGCGUGGAGUGCUUCGGGGAAAAUGUUGGCGGUGAUGCAGGCGACGUUGUCGGGGACCAUGUAUAUUUAUCAAGGUCAAGAAAUCGGCAUGAUAAACAUCCCCCUCACCUGGCCCAUUCCCUCCGAAUACAAAGACAUCGAAUCCCAACGCUGGUACGACUUUCUCCACCAACAAUUUGCCAGCCACAAAGACCCCUCCAAACUCGCCCUCGGAAUCCUCUCCAUGCAACAUCUCGCACGCGACAAUUCCCGCACCCCGAUGCAAUGGACACCAGAUCUCCCCAACGCCAGAUUCACCGGCGAACACGUCAAACCGUGGAUGCGAGUGAAUGAUGGCGCGGCGACCAAGGAGAGGAUUAAUGUUGCUUGUCAAGAAGGGGUGGAAGGCUCGGUGUUGGAGUUUUGGAAGAGGAUGUUGCGGAUGCGGGCGGAGAGGAAAGAGGUGUUUGUGUUUGGGGAGAUGGAGUUGUUGGAGCAGGAGAGGAAUAAUGAGAAGGUGAUGGCGUUUGUGAAGAAGUCGUUGUCGGGGGAUCUUGUGGCGUUGGUGUUGUGUAAUUUCACGGGGGAGACGCAACCCCUUCCGCAUUAUGAGAUGGCGGGCGAGAGGGAGGUUUUGGUCUGUAGUGUGGAGGAGCCGCAAGAGAACGUGUUGAUGCCGUGGGAAGGUCGUGUCGUUUUGAUCAAGAGCAAGAAGUAA